CCGACUCAUUUCAACAUAAUUUAAUCGAUGUUAUGUUGACAGACAAUGAAGCAAAAUUAAAGCAAUUCAAACUUGGUCACAUUAAUUAUAUUUUGCAGUCCCGGCUAUUUAUGUAAUUUAUAAUGUUAGGCGGUGUCGUUUUUAAAUUAAGAGAUCUAGGCCUAAUGAAGUUAACCGGGUCUAUGGUUAUUCAUGUCCGUGGUAAAGGCCACCUAAAUCGGCCUCGAAUUAGAAACCCACACUGGUUCCUGCGCAAAAAACUAUCUAAUAUCGGAGAAUUAACAACAUCCGACAACAAAGUUUUUAUAAAUCAAUUAGUUCGUGAAAACUACAACGAAGCAGAUGUUUCCAACAACUUAAAAGUUUAUGAACAAAAUUUGAUGAAAACCGAAGCCUCCAUUUCAAGUCCUAGUAUCGUGAUUUCUCAAAAUAGAAGAUGUGGAACAAUAGCACGUAAAAUCGGAGAGUAUCCGCUCUGGCUUAAUAACGGCGAAAAGAUACGUACUACGUUGUUGCAGAUUAUAGACAAUCAUAUUAUUAGCUACAUUCCACCAGAAAAAUAUUCACCAGCUCAUUAUCCAAAUGUAAAAAAUGUUAAUAAAUUUGGUUGCCUUCUUGUUGGAGCUGGCACUAUAAACCCUACUUGGCUAACUAAAGAAUACUGUGGAAUAUUUCAUGAAUCUAGAGUGAUGCCAAAGAAAAUGUUAGCACGAUUUUUAGUCUCGCCGGAAGCAGCCUUACACCCAGGAACGGCGCUGAAUGUCGCUCAUUACCGCGUUGGUGAAUUUGUUGAUGUUCGUGGCAAAACAAUCGAUUACGGAUUUCAAGGUGUAGUAAAGAGAUUUGGUUUUAAAGGAAUGCCUGCGUCACAUGGUGUUACCAAAACGCAUCGUCGAGUAGGCAACAUAGGUGGAGGUGGUGAAAAGGGUCGUGUUUGGCCUGGAACAAAGAUGCCCGGACGUAUGGGUAGUCGAUGGCGUAUCAACAAAGGAUUACAAGUGUUGCGCACUUAUUUAAAGUAUAAUGUCAUGUGGGUUCAGGGCAGCGCUGUGCCUGGACCCACCGGUGGUAUUGUAUAUUUAUAUGAUACAAUUUUGCCACACCGAAAAAAAAAAAUUUCAUCGAUAGCUUCAUUAAGUUAUGAAAAUAUAGAUAAAGUCACGGAUGAUAUAUGGUCUGAAAAAUUGCAUAGAUUUAAAGACAUAAGAAUGACACAUAAAAACGAAUAAACUUGGAAAUAAAUAAGUUUCAUAUUAAAAAAAA